GGAAAGAGACAGUUGCUGAGAGACGGUUGAGGAAAGAGCAGCAAUUGAGAGAGAGCGAGCGUUAUGGAGACUUUUAUUAAAAAGCGAAAGAGAUUAGCUAUCCCUGAGAGCCAGGAGGGAAGCCAUUAUGACCCUCGGUGCUACAAAAUCACCAAGUAUGAGAGCAACCGGCAAGGGACCUGCAGCAGUGCAGUUGUACUGGAUCCAUGGAGCACCUUUGGAAACCUGAUGCCAGAUACACUGCAGAACUUCAUGGAUUAUGGAGAAAUGUGCUACAUGUUUAAUAAGAGCCUGGAAGAGGACUUCGCACUUAACAACUUUUUAGGAAAUCACAGCGACAUCGAUGAAACAUCUUGGAGGGAAGUCAUCACCACCAUGAUUAUUGCACACAGGGCCAUUGGACUGGACUUUCAGACCCUGUGUCUUGCUGUCAACUACCUGGAAAGGUUUCUGGCCUGCACUCCCCUAAAAGCUGCCAGCCUGAAGGUCAUAGGUGCCACUUGUCUUUAUUUGGCCUGCAAGGUAAUGGAGAAGAGUCUCCCUAAAAUGGAUAUGUUUCUAUUGCUAUUCUGUGGUGAUGGAUUCACAGCUCCCUUAAUGUACUAUUUAGAAAAAUUGGUAUUAAGGAGGUUGUGUUUCCGUCUAAGGGCUCCCACCAUCGAGUAUUUCCUGGAACACUUUUCCCUUAGAAGAGUGUCCUACAAGGAAUGUCCAGCUGCCAAAAUCAACAGAGCAGCCAAUGCCCUCACUGCUGCUAGAGGCAUUGCAGCACUGAGCAUGACAAGGUAUGGAUUCCAUUCCUACCCACCAUCUCUCCUAGCUCAGUGCUGCCUUAGAGUUGCAGACCAAAUAUUGCAAUAUGACACCUGGAAUAGAGCGCACCCUAGAGACUGUUCAGGCCCCUUAUGGCAGGAGUGCAUGGGUAAAAUCACCCACCUGGUAUCAUCCAACAACAUCUUCUUGUGCAAGUUUAUGCCAGGUGUGUUUCCAGAAACCUUUCCAGACUUGGUUCCACCACCAACCAAGAAUGGCAGCAAAGCAAACAUCUAAGAAAGAGGCUCUUCCCAAAAGUCAUCAGGAGAUCAGUGGCAGUAACAUGGAGAGGAAGCAGCUCAUGGUGAUUGGAGGAGGUGGCGGCUUUGAGAUCUGGUCAUGCUCAGGAUGUAGCAGAUAUUUGUCAGGAGAUCAGCCAGCAAGAUCAACAGAGGAAGAACAGCAACCAGUGAACAGCAUCUUCCCAAUGUACCAUCUACAGAGCACCCAGGACUGCUGUGACUGAAUUAUAACCUGACAGACUUCUUUUCCCCCCAGUACAGGUAGAUUUACCAUCAGAUGGCAUAUAUACAUGGGCCUUACAGCCACUAGGAGGCCUCUGUAUUCCUCUCCCGU